AUGUCCUCAAUCGCAAAAACUGUCAUCGCGACAGGCACCUCGUCGGGCUUGGGAUUCGAAGCAAUCAAGCAGUUACUCCAGCAGACACAGCCAUACAAUUUUAUUCUAGGAGUUCGUGACACAGAGAAGACCCGUGUCGCAUACGAUGAUCUGAAAUUCGACACUUCAAAGCACAGUGUGUCUGUCUUGCCUCUGGAUCUUUUGAAUCUGAAGAGCGUGCAAUCUUUUGCCAAGCAAGCUCUCUCUGAAUUGGGUCACAGACCGUUGAACUAUCUUUUCCUCGUUGCGGGCUUCCUUGCCAACGCUGAUGGACCGGGCCCUCAUGGCUCGCAAUGGUGCGAAUCAUACGUAGUAAAUCAUCUAGCCCAGCAUUAUCUAACCCACCAAUUUGCUGAGGUCUUAUCUACCUCCCAAUCCCGUAUCGUUAUUGUAUCUUCGGGUGCAAUUCGUAAUGUGAGAGGAGGCGACCCAAGGACGCUUGACGUCGAUCUAAGAGCAAACUCCGGCGCAAACGCCAGAGUAGUGUACAGCGCAUCGAAAUUCACCCAGCUUCUCGGUGCACACUACUGGCGUCGUAACCUCCCAAACUGCACAGUCGUGGCUGUCUCACCAGGUCUCAUCCCCAACACCAAACUUGCCCAGCAUUCGAGCUUAGGAUUAACCAUGGAUAUGCCCGAUGCCAAGACUGUGCCAGAGGGUGCCCAGAAUAUCCUCCGUGCGGUCACGGCCGAUGAUCUCCCAGCUGAUCCGGAACAGAUUUUCUUGACUAGCUGGGGUGAAUGGUGGCCUAAGGAUGUCUAUGCUUCAAGUCUUGAUACUGCGUUGCAAGAUAAGUGGUGUUUGGGCAAGGAGGAGAUCGAGAAGUCUGAGCCUGUGUUCGAUGAAUAG